AUGGUUUGCAAGGGCGAGAAUGCUAAACCCUGUGAGAAAGUUCACCAGCUCCUUGAGACGACGAAGCAUAGGCAGGUCUGGUUCUCUUUACCUGAGUCUGACACGAAUACGCUCCCUCAGUAUGGCUUUGAUUCUACUAGGCCUAAAGAUGAUUAUAUUUGUGAAGAAUCGGCCACAAGACCACUGCACUCAGGAUCAGACAAUAUAUCUUCUGACGAAUCUGGUUCCACUUCUGAGGUGACAGGGGGGACCGUCUUUGGGGUUACUGAUAUUUUAGAGGCAACAAUAGAGCUGGACGAAAGGCAUUCUAAAGAAGAAUGUGAGCAUGAGAACGAUAAUAGUGACCAAGCAGUGGAAGACAAGGAUGUCAAUAAAGAUGAAGCAGUUGAAGAAGAUGAUGAAGAUAACAAGCUUCAAGAAGACAGCCUUCUUGUUGUUCUAAAUGCCCUCACUGGCCAACCUUUACCAGAAGACAUUCUUUUCUAUGCCAUCCCAGUUUGUGCCCCUUACCAAACGUUGAGCUCGUACAAAUUCAAAGUUAAACUCACUCCCGGCGUUAUUAAACGCGGAAAAGGUUAG